AGCUGAUCUGUUGGAGAGGCUUCAGAGGGAGAGCAGACAGAGGAAGCAGCUCACCUGUUCACUACCUGUUAACCUCCUAUCCACCUCCUGGUCACUGUGGACUCGCCUCACCUGUUCGGACUCACCUGUUUGUUUCCAUAGGAACCAUGAGCGGCUCCGUUUCACCUCCGGCUAACUAAAACUAACCUCCUCAAACUAAGAACAGCUGAGACCUGAUGCUGCCCGCCGUCGCCAUGGAGACGGAGGCCAGUCACAUGCUGGAGGCGGCGCUGGAGCAGAUGGAUGACAUCAUCGCAGGUUCUAAGGUAGCAGCCAUGGAGUUCUCCAGCAGCAUGUUGGACCUGGGUUCCCCCAUCAGCACCGGUCCCCUGCAGGUGGUCCAGCUGGCCGAAGACCUGAAGCUGGCUCUGGAGCUGCAACCCAACCAGGAGGACCGAGAGACGCUGAGAGCUCAGCUGCCCACGGAGACGGUUCAGGUUCUGGUGGACUGGCUGCAGAGCGGAGCGAUAAAAGCAGUCAACGUUUGUUCUCCGACCAACAAUGAAACGUACCAGGAACGUUUGCUGCGACUAGAAGGAGACAAGGAGUCGCUGGUGCUGCAGGUGAGCGUCCUGACCGACCAGGUAGAAGCAGGGGAGAAGAUCAGAGAUUUAGAAAGUUCUUUGGAGGAACAUCGGCAGAAACUGGCCUCCACAGAGGAGAUGCUGCAGCAGGAGCUGAUUAGCAGAACUUCUCUGGAGAGCCAGAAGCUGGACCUGAUGGACGAGGUGUCCUACCUGAAGCUGAAGCUGGUCGGUAUGGAGGAGAAGCAGCCGGACGUUCGGCAGCAGGACGUUCGGCAGCAGGACGUUCGGCAGCAGGACGUUCGGCAGCAGGACGCCGACGCCGCUGACAGCAACCAGAACAAAGCAGAGUGUGUUGUAAACCUCAUCAGUGAGCUCCAGGAGCAGAUGUGCAGGUUUCAGGAGGAGAUCAGCUCUCGCAUCCAGGAGAAACGGGCCCUGGAGGAGGCCCAGCAGGCAGAGCCCCGAGCCCAGGGCCGAGGCCCUCAGGUUGGGUCGACCGGCUCCGAGCUCGGCUCGACCGGUUCUGACGCCCAGAACCAGAGUGGAGGAAAGACUGAUUUGCUUGAAGAAGUGAAGCAGCUGAAGAACAAAGUGGAGGAACUGGAGGGAGAGAAGAGCCAGUAUGAGAGGAAACUCAGAGCUACGAAGGCUGAAAUCUCGGAGCUGCAGCAGCUUUUAUCCUCCAAAGAUGCAGAGAUCGAGUGUCUGCAGACGCAGCUUUUGGCCAGAGGGGGCAGCAGCAGUGAUGACGCAGAGCGAGAUCAGGAAUACCAGCGGCUGAAGGUCGGGAUGGAAACUCUGCUGGCGUCAAACGAUGAAAAGGAUCGCCGGAUCGAGGAGCUGACCAUCCUGCUGGGUCAGUACAGGAAGAUGAGGGAGAUGAUGGUGCUAACUCAGGGAAGCAGUGAAGAAGAACUGAGUAGUUUGAAGCUCAGAGCGAUCACACACAAAGCUCAUUCAGACAUCCUCAGAUCAGAGAUGUCAUCCAGAGGAUCUUCUCCUCUGAUGCUCUCCUCGUCUCCUUAUCAGAGAGAUCUGGACUCCAGUUUCCAGAACUCUAUGGACACGUCGUUGGUUUCAGCUGGAGAUAUGAGUUUCUUUAAUGGAUCCUGGCACCAGCGCCGGCUGAUGUCCAGCAGCCUUGAAGAGCUGCAGAGUGGAUCUUUACGAAAGGCUGUAGAGUUCCAGCCAGUUGAAACUGAAUCAGACGUAGUUUCAGAGAGUCCUCACAUGGAGCUGAGCAAAUACCAAACGCUGCCGAUGAAACUGAGUAAAAAGAGCGAACUGAGGGCGGAAAUGAACGGAGACGGAGAAUAUUUAUCUCCCGUCCAGCUUUCUCCGGUCCGAAGCCACGACCAGGACUACAGCCUGAUUCGCUGCAGGAGUGCCAGCGCUCCGGCUUUAGGAUCUCCUGGAAAACACGACCUGUAUGGAGUCGGACAGUCAGAGAAGCCGGAGGAGUCGGUUCUGUCGGAUCAGUCUCCAGUGUCCUCCGGAGUGGAUUCUGGACAGCAGAGUCCGGUUUCUCCAGAGAACAGGAAAACCCACCGAGGCAUCAAGAAGCUCUGGGGGAAGAUCCGUCGCAGUCAGUCCGGCAGUCCGGUCCAGGUCCACGAUGCCGACAUGGGAGACUUCAAGAGAGGAGGCUUCAGAGCUACAGCUGGACCUCGACUGGCCCGGUCCGGGAGAACACGGGAUCUGAAGACGCCGUUCUCCAAGUGGAGUUCCGAGCAGGUCUGUGAUUGGCUGGAGGACGUCGGGCUGGGUCAGUACGGGAUUCUGGGUCGACAGUGGAUCAGCACCGGACAGACGCUGCUGUCGGCGAGUCCUCAAGACUUGGAGAAGGAGCUGGCGAUGAAGAAUCCUCUCCACAGGAAGAAGCUGCAGCUGAGCAUCAAGACGUUCAGCAGCAAACAUCCAGAGAAGUCUUCAGAACUGGACUACAUCUGGGUGACUCGUUGGCUCGACGACAUCGGCCUCCCUCAGUACAAAGACCAGUUCAACGAAGGCCGAGUGGACGGACACAUGCUGCAGUACCUGACCGUGAACGACUUGUUGUUCCUCAAAGUGACCAGCCAGCUGCAUCACCUCAGCAUCAAAUGUGCCAUCCACGUCCUGCACGUCAACAAGUUCAACCCCAACUGUCUGAAACGAAGACCUGGAAACGAGAACCAGUUCAGUCCCAGUGAGGUGGUCCAGUGGUCCAACCACAGAGUCAUGGAGUGGCUGAGGUCCGUGGAUCUGGCAGAAUACGCUCCCAACCUGAGGGGCAGCGGCGUCCACGGAGGCCUGAUAAUGCUGGAGCCUCGGUUUAACUCAGAGACGCUGGCGAUGCUGCUGAACAUCUCGCCUCAGAAAACGCUGCUGAGACGCCACCUGAACACCAACUUCAACAGUCUGGUGGGAGUUCAGGCUCAGCAGGAGAAGAGGGAGUACAUGGAGGCGGCGGGAUACACCCCCCUCAGCAUCACUGCCAAAGUCAAGCCAAAGAAGUUGGGUUUCUCCAACCUGACCCACCUGAGGCGGCGCCGUCCAGACGAAUCCACGGAUUACGUUUGUCCCAUCGAGUCGUCGUCGCCUCAGUCGGCGCUGAACGGCGUACAGAUGCGACCUUACGCCGGCUUCAGGGGCCUCAGCCCGAUUCUGGACCGAGAGCCGGACCGGUCCAGGGACCAGAUUGCGACCGCCGAGGGAACCGUCCUGCAGAUAGAAGCUCUGUCAGAAAGCAUCAACAACCUCACAUACCUGCUCGGGCACGACGAACUGAGGAAGGAGAUGAGACGAGCUCAGACGGCGCUAGUUUGAAGACGACGACUUGCUGAUGUUGUCGAUUGACCAGAGACCUGCAGAAACACCUGGAGCCGGCUAACACCUCGAGUCAGCUAACAAAUGGAGUCAGCUAACAGCUGGGGCUGGCUAACACCUGGAGCUGGCUAACACCUGGAGCUGGCUAACAUUUACAGCAAGCUAAGACUUGGAGCCGGUUAAUAUCUGUAGCCGGCUAACACCUGGAGCCGGCUAACACCUGGAGCCGACUGACACCUGGAGCCGGCUAACACCUGGAGCUGCUGAUGCCUCGUUAACACCUACAGAGGACUCUGAAACACAAACAGACUUAACACAAUGUUGAGAACAGUAAAACUUCUCAUUUUUAGUUUCUAUAACAACAAACUGAACAAAUAGAGCCAUUACUGACUUUCUUGUUUUUUACAGCUUCCCUUGUUUCUCUGCAAUGACCCUUUACUGAUCCUACUGACUACUGUGGAUGGUGCUGAUAUUUAAAGAGGGAGAACAGAGUCCGAUGAACCUUGUUGAACAGUAAAAGCUAAGUAGUACACAUGAAGUUUAAGGUAUAAAAUCUUCUACAAAUGAAGAUUUAGCCAUUUUUUAAAAGACAACAGCAGCUAAAUUUAUCAGCAUGUUGAAAUAAGUUAUUAGAGCCGUUAGUGAUACUUAGAGAGUUUGUUUUGUGCAAACAUGAAAGAAGAAAGGUGAUCGGUCAGUUUAGGUGACAUGAGGUUUGUGUUCAAGAAGAGUUUUUGCUCUUUAGCGCAGGAAAGAGGAUGCUAUGACUGAUAUUAUGGAUAGAAUUAUACAUAAUACAGAAACAGAUGUACAGAAUUGUGUGUUUUUUUUGGCUGCAUGUAAGAAAAAAUGUUGUGAAACGAGUAUGCUUUAGAAAUACAUGCAAAUUAUUAAACGGAUUAUCAAUUAAAUUCAUACAAAGUGCAGAAAAGAGAACAAUAAAUAAAUAAAAAACAGUAUUUGGUGCAACCAAACAGCAGCAGUUCUCAUUUCUAAAUGAAGCAAAUCUGCAGGUUUUGUUUUUUUAAAGCCAAUUAAGUUUCCUCAGACUGAAAACAGUCCAGUACUUCAACACUUUAUAAAAACUUUGUGAUAAAUUUUUGAAUUUUUUGCCAAUGUAAACUCUAAAUAAACGUUUUUGUGAAUCAUAUGAAGUCUCUAAAACUGUUGCAGACAUGGAUCUGUAUCUGCAUGUUGGGUUUUUUUGCUGAUAUUAAUGUUUUAAUACAGAAAAGUUUGUAGAUGUUUGAGGUAAUUUAUAUAAAAAACCUCCCCAGAGACACUGACGGGUUUUAUUAACCUGCAAAAUGUUCUGUUUAGUACAUAUGUAGCUCUUUAAAAUACAUUUCAAGGUGCUCUGAUUAAUGUAUAAAUAUCAAAAACCAAUCAGAUCAAUCAAUAGAAUUAACUCUACAGAGAGUUUUAGUGUCUUUUAACUUCAUUUUUUGAGGAGGUUUACAGAAGAUUAAUUCACUGAUUGGGUUCAUCUUCACAGCUCUAAUCAGACUUAUUGAUUUUAGCCACAGCAGGAAGUAGGGUUUUCUUUUUCAAUAAAACAAAGAAAAACUCAGAUAAACUCAAUUCAACAGCUAAUGAGACAUGUUACCUUCACAAAUUUGAAAAAAUAUGGUAACUAUUUUGGAAAUCUGCUCCAAAUAAAUGCUAACGUGUUCAUGUCUGCUAGAUGUUUAUUGGUACACCAAAUCAACUGAAUAAGACGAUAAUAUUUCAGUGUUUACAUCCUGUUCAGCUGCUUCAAAUGGUGAAAAACAGGAUAUCAUUGCUGCUUUCUGAGAUCUUUACUGAAUAUUUUGUGUUCAUGAUGGUUCAUUUGACCCUUUCUCUCCUCUUUUUGUUUGUCCAGAACCGUUUUCAUUCCUGUUUUAGUAUGACAAGCUUAGGAAAGAUAAGAAAAAUCUACUUUUGUAAAUUAAACACAUGAUGGCAUAAAUGACACCAGAUUGGUACGAUAAGUUGUGAUGUUUGGUUUAGAAAAUAAAACUGAUAAAAACA